GCAUCUUAUUCUUAUAUUGACGCGCCAUCUCUUCCAUAUAUAUCAUCUAUCCUCCCCGUUUCUAAUCCUCAUCUCUACCAUUCCCUCGAGACUGACACUGACACCGAAGACAGCGACCAUUAGUUGUCGACAUCAUGUGGGGCGACCGCGAAAAGGCCGUGGAAGUGUCACCAGAUGCUGAACAGUACAGCAAGAAUGAGGAUAAUAAUCCCCUCGAUCAGGACGACCAAGAAGACCAUGACCAGCCCGUGGUCUGUCCUGCCCAUACCACGGAGCGCAAACUGGUCAAUCGGAUGGACUUCCGCAUCCUGCCCUUUCUAUGCAUCAUGUAUCUGCUGGCCUUCCUCGACCGCAUCAACAUCUCAAACGCCAACGUCUUCGGCCUGUCCACCGACCUCCGCCUCGUAAACACCGAAUACAACACCGCCCUCGUCAUCUUCUUCGUCCCCUACAUCCUCUUCGAGAUCCCCUCCAACAUCAUCCUCAAGAAACUCAAGCCCCAUGUCUGGCUCUCCAUCUGCAUGUUCGGCUUCGGCCUCGUCACUCUGCUCCAGGGCUUCGUCCAGUCCUACGCCGGCCUUCUCGCAACCCGUUUCUUCCUCGGCGUCUUCGAGGCCGGCAUGUUCCCCGGCUCCUUCUACCUCAUCGGCAUGUGGUAUCGCCGCCACGAGGCCCAGCGUCGAUACUCCUUCUUCUUCUCCUCGACCUCCCUCGCCGGCGCAUUCGGCGGGCUCCUCGCCGCGGCAAUCGGCAAGAUGAGCGGCGUGCGCGGCUACGCCGGCUGGCGCUGGAUCUUCAUCCUCGAGGGCCUCCUCACCCUCCUCGUCUCCCUCUUCUUCUUCUUCCUCCUGCCCGACUUCCCCGAGGAAGCCCGCUGGCUGACGGACGAGGAACGCGCCUACGUCAUUGCCCGCCUGCGCGUCGACCAGGGCAAGUCGGCGCGCGACCGCAGCCUGGGCGCCCGCGACAUCCUCAACGUCUUCCGCGACUACAAGAUCCUCGUCGGCGGCCUCAUGUACUUUGGCCUGAUCGUGCCCGCCUACGGUUACGCGUACUUUUCCCCGGCCAUCAUCCAGUCGUACGGCUACUCGCGCAUCCAGACCCAGCUGCACGGCGUGCCGCCCUGGGCCUGCGCGUUCGGCCUGGCCAUGAUCAUAGCCUACAUCUCGGAUAAGCUGCGGCACCGCUUCCUCUGCGCCAUCGUGCCCAUCUGCGUCUGCAUGUCCGGCUUUGCAAUCCUCAUCUCUGUGCACAAUAAUCGCGACGUGCAGUAUGCCGCGCUCUUUCUCGUUGCCAUGGGCGCCUACAGCGCCAUGCCCAUCAUCGUCUGCUGGUUCAACAUGAACCUAGGCGGCCACCACCGCCGCGCCGUCGGCUCCGCCUGGCAGGUCGGCUUCGGCAACAUUGCCGGCAUCAUCGCCGUCUUUGCCUUCUUGCCCCGCGACGCCCCGUCCGGCUAUCACACGGGCCACAGCAUCAGCAUUUCUUUCGUCUGUCUGAGCGCGCUCGCCUGCACCAUCUACUUUGUCAGCUGUUGGUGGCAGAACAGGCUGAAGGAUAGGAGCGCCGUCGAUCGCGGCUUGACCGAGUACGAGAAGACCGAGAUGGGCGAUUUGAGUCCUGAUUAUCGCUAUUUGCUUUGAGGAUGUCUUUUGAUAAAAGUGGUUUUUCUUUUGGGGGGGAAAAGGGAGAAGGAAAAGGGGGAAAGGGGAAAGGACCUGUUUUGAGGGAUGCGUUGCCCUGGAUUGGAUUGGAUUGGAUUGGAUUGCUCAAUACCUCUGCUGGCUAUCGUAUACAUCACCACCUGACUGUAGACAAACCGGCUUUCUACCAAAUCUACACAUGAAUAUACCUGCACGA